GCCGUGUAUCGAAGUUGCAUUUUGAUUAACCCAUUCAAUUUUAAAGAUAGAAGUGGCAUUAAGUAAAAAUGUUCAAAUUAUUGAGUCGCCAUGGGUGCCGCAGCGCAACUUUAAAUUUGUUUAGGGACAAGUUUGAGGUUAGAAAAGUGAAGACUUAUUAUGUAUACGCAUCAGCUGGAUCCGUGCGAUUCUCAUCAUCAGGCAACGAUGCAGGCAAGACUACUGCUUUAGUAGAUGCUAUCCCGGAGCCACCGCCAGUGCCGCAGAUUCCUGAUGGAUUAGCGGAGACAGUACAGUCGUUAGCCGCCAAUGGAGAACCUACUUUCGCAAGUUUAGGCCUCGGCGGCUGGACCCCCGUCGGCAUGGUGCAGCAAUGCUUAGAAUACGUACACGUCUCUCUUGAUAUUCCAUGGUGGGGCGCAAUUUUAAUAGGUACCAUCGUCGUCCGUGUCGCCAUGUUCCCACUAGUCAUUAUGGCGCAACGUAACACUGCAGUUAUGAAUAACAACCUGCCAGAAAUACAGCUGCUUCAAGUCAAGAUGACUCAAGCAAGGCAGUCUGGUAAUCAAUUAGAGGCCGCCCGUUACGCUCAAGAAAUGAUGAUGUUCAUGAAAGAAAAAGGCUUGAAUCCUUUGAAGAAUAUGCUGGUGCCUUUGGCCCAGGCUCCCUUCUUCAUAUCAUUCUUUAUGGGUUUGAGAGGAAUGGCAAACUGCCCUGUUGAGAGCAUGACCUAUGGGGGCUUAGCUUGGUUUAUGGAUCUAACAGUACCUGACCAGUACUUCCUACUCCCCCUUAUUACCAGUGCCACAUUAUGGGCAACAAUAGAGCUGGGCGUAGACGGAGGCCGCCUGGAAGCCUCCAACAUGGUCAUGAUGAGAUAUUUCCUGCGGGCCAUACCAAUAGUCAUGAUACCUUUCACAAUUAACUUCCCCGGAGCAAUCCUUGUUUAUUGGUGCUCCAGUAACUUCAUCUCGCUGAUCCAGGUGGGAGUCCUCAAAGUACCUGCUGUUAGAGAAUACCUUAAGAUUCCUAAACUGGUGAAACACACUCCCGAAGCCCUGCCGAUUAAGAAAAAGGGCUUUGUAGAGGGUGCCAAAGAUUCCUGGACUAAUAUGAAAAUCUCCAAAGAGCUGGCCGAGAGACAAAGGGUAGAUGAGCUAAUCUUUACCAAGGCAGGAAAAGGACCCUUACAAAAAACAUACAAAUAUGAUCCUACAAAGCUUUCUAAUGUACAAGCGAAAUCAAAAUGAUUUAUUGUAUUUAGUCUGUAGAUUAUUUUAGUAUACAAAAAAUAAAUGUUGACAUAAAGUCUUG